AGUUUAAAUACUCGUGUAUAGGUUGUUUCUGCUCCAUUCAGUUCAGUCACACACACACAGGUGUUUGUGUAUAUGUCUCUGUAAGAGAGAAAUAGUUAGUUACAAGAAAAAUGGUAGGACCAACGAGACCUCAAAUUGUGCUCUUCGGUUCUUCCAUUGUUCAACUCAGUUAUUUGAAAGAAGGUUGGGGUGCUAUGCUUGCUCAUUUGUAUGCUCGUAAGGCGGAUAUAGUUCUGCGAGGAUACUCUGGUUGGAAUUCAAGGCGCGCUUUGCAGGUUCUGGAUACAAUUUUUCCCAAGAAUGCCACUGUGCAACCAUCGUUGAUAAUUGUGUACUUUGGUGGUAAUGAUUCUAUGCUUUCGCAUCCAAGUGGCCUUGGUCAACAUGUACCUCUCCAAGAAUACAUUGAAAAUAUGAAGACGAUUGCUAACCAUCUCAAGAGCCUGUCAAAGAAUACUCGCCUUAUAUUUCUCAGUGCUCCUCCUGUCAAUGAGAGACAAAUUUAUGGAAACAGUUUUGUAGAGAGGCCACAAAGGAAUAAUGAAUCCUGCCAAAUAUAUUCCGAAGCGUGUAUGGAGCUAUGCCGCGAGAUGAAUAUCAAGGCCAUUGAUCUAUGGUCUACACUCCAGAAGAGAAGCGACUGGCGAGAUGUUUGCUUCACGGAUGGAAUUCAUCUUACAUCUGAGGCUAGCAAGAUAGUGGUAAAAGAGAUACUUAAAAUCCUCAAAGAAGCAGAUUGGGAACCUUGCUUGCAUUGGAAGUCAUUGCCAAUUGAAUUUGGAGAAGAUUCACCCUAUGAUCCAGUUGGCCCAGAUGGAAAAACAACUAUGAAUGUUUCCAGUAUGACCUUCCUGGGAACUACGGAAUAUGAAUAAUGCGCAUUUGGGAACUAAAGACAUGCCCCAGUUCAUAGAAUCAUAUGCAACAACCAGAAAUAACAGGAAUUUAGAAAUGUGCCUAAAUCCUAUAUCACUUCUCUCAAGUUUUUCAUCAUAUGAAUGGUGUCAACUUUGAUUGUAUUUGAUUGAAUAAAUUGCUUAAAAUAAAUUUCCAUUUUAUGGUUUAUUUGUUU